UAUGAUUCAAUCUAUUCCUCAUGAUAGGUGUGUGUAUGUUACCUAGUAUAAGCCUGAAACAACUCUUGAAUAAUUAAAAUAAGCAUUCUCUGAGUUCGGAAAGAUCGAAUUAUUAUAGUAAAAUGCCAAAUCAAAUGGAGUAUUCAUAGUAUUUGAUUCUCAUGAUGCAGGUAUAUAUUAAUUUAAUAAAAUAGUGAAUAAAGCAACAUCAAAGACAGUUACAAUAGGAGGAAAGAAUUUAGAUGUAAAUGAAUACUUGGAUAUGGACAAAUUAGAUGAAGAAGCAAAUAUAUUUAUUGAUGGAAUAAGUCCGACAACUACAUAAUUGUAAUUAAAAGAGAAAUUAUAAAAAUAUGGAAAGAUUUUGAAUAUUAAAGUUUAGAUGUCUGAUAAGGCUGGUGUUGCUUAUAUCUAAUUUGAAGAAAGGAAAUCAGCUGAAUAAUGUUUGAAUGAUUAGAAAAAUUUAGGAAUGCAUAUUACAAGGUAAAUUAAUCAAAUAACAGAUUAGAGCCAUUAAGAAGGGUAAGCAAUAGUAAAUCAAGAGAGAUUAAUUAUUCAUUUCUAAUAUUAAAUCAUAAUUAUCUUUGGAUCAAAUUAAACCAUAAUUGGAUAAUUAUUUCUCUGAAUAUGGAAAAAUUGAAUUGAUUUAAGUAAAUGUUAAUCCUAAAAAUCAAACAUAUUUUGCAUUUGUCAGAUUUGAAAAUUCAGAAGAUGCCUAUAAAGCUGUCAAAACCACCAAACCUUUUCAAAAUCAAAUUAUCAAUAUCUAAUGGGCUGUUAAUUCUAAUGACAAUAUUGAAGCCAAUUUAUAUACCAAAAAUCUUAAACCAACUGUCACUGAACAAUAACUUAGAGAAGCAUAUGAAUCUAUCAUUACAUUAGAUGAUCUUUAAUUAUUACCACCAAAUAAAUCUAAUAAAUUAUCAGCUUAUAUUUAUUUGAAAUCUGCUGAAGAUGGCAAAAAAGUUAUUGAUUUAGCUUUUAAGACUAAAAAAAUAUUUGAUUUGUAUGAUAAAUUGACUGUUCAAAUCUCACCUAUGUUAAGUCCCGCUGAAAUCAUCUAAUUCAAAAAAAUCCAAUCAAAACCAACAUAUUAACCUUAUGCUAAUUCUAUGCCCUUCCCUCCUUAUUAACAACCACUCUAAGGAUAUCCAAACUAAUAAAAUCCUCCUUAUGGUGCUUAUCCAUAAUAAUAACCACCUUAUUAUGCUGGUGGUUAUCCUCCACAAUAACCACCUUAUUAACAAGGUGGAUACUAUUAAUAAUAAGGCAAUUAUAAUCAACACAGACCAAAAAAACAUCCAUAUCCAAAUUAAUAUCAAAACUAGCAAAGACAACAUUAACCUAGAAUACCAGAUUUAUAAUACUUAUAGAAUUUGUUAGCUUAAGGAAAUGAGAAAAAAGUUACCGAUACUAUUGGAAUACUCUUGUUUCCUUUAGUUAACUAAUAGGUUGAAUAAAAAUUGGUAAUUAUUAAUAAUAUAAUUAAGGCACCUUAAGUAACAGGAAUUUUAUUAGAUUUUGAAAAUUAUGGGUUGGAAGAUUAAUUAAAAAUGCUUUAGAAUGCACCUUAUUUGAGCGAGCAAAUCAAUCAAGCUGUAGAUCUAAUAAGAAAAUCUUAUUGAGU